CAAUAAAAUAUAAAUAAAAAUCAAUAAAACAAACAAAAAAUGCGUCGUAAUCUACCGCCCACAACACAACGUCAUCGUUCACAAUCCAUAAGUUGUGCAUCACCCUCAUCGUUAUCGCCCUCCGGCAAGAGUCAAAUGUCACAGUUGCAGCAUCAUUUAUCAUAUGAUAUGAGAUCGGAAUCGACCAAUUCAUCACCAACACACGGACGACGUGAAUCGUUGGUUAAGCCCACUUGGCAAAAUAUACGACCUGGUCAAAUUCCUUUAAAAACAUUGGAGAAAAUUAAUGGCAUCACUUCAGAUUCGGAUAAUGAAGAUUGUGAAUAUUUGCGUCGUUCAAGUUUGAAUUAUGCCAGCAAUGGUGCAGCCACAACACAAGCAUCUACAUCAGCUGCUCAACAGCAGCAGCAACAACAGCAUUCUGCACACUCACAUCAACAACAUUCGAAUGUUCGCAAACACAGUGGUAGCAAUUUGGGACAGUUGACUCGUAAAGGUAGUUUGGUUGUACAUCGAGAUUCUUUAUCUUCGAAUGCUUCACUUAGAUCAGCCCGCUCAAGUAUCGAUAAUACAAGUUUUUUCUCUGCAUCCGGUCCCAGUACAGAUGGCAAAGUUAAUAAAACAUCAACAUCAUCUUCCUCGUCUGGUCGCUCAUUAGUGCGUAUGAUUUCCAAUAAGUGCACUACAGUGACCAGCAGUGAUGAGGAGAUGGAUUAUGAUUUUUUGGCCAAGGUAAGUGAGAUGGGAAAAGAACAUGGAAGAACUUCACUCGAAAACAAGGAUAAACAAACUAUAUUGCUGGGAGAUUCUGGAGUGGGUAAAACUUCCUUUCUGGUUAAAUACAAUACAGGAGAAUUUCGUUUGGGUUCAUUUUCUGCUACAGUGGGCAUAGCAUUAACGUGGUUAAUACUUUUGUAA